UGCCACCUGUCAGUGCUCAUCAGUGCCAGUGCCCAUCAGUGCCACUGACAGUCAGUGCCACCUAUCAAUGCCAAUCAGUGCCACCUAUCAGUGCUGCAAUCAGUGCCGCCUAUCAGUGCCAGUCAGUGUCGCAUAUCAGUGCCAGUCAGUGCCGCCUAACAGUGCCAGUCAGUGCCGCCUAUCAGUACCAGUCAGUGCUGCCUAUCAGUGCCACCUAUCAGUGCCAUAUAUCAGUGUCAUCUAUCAGUGCUGUCUUUCAGUGCCCAUCAGUGAUGCCUGUCAAUGCCCAUCAGUGCAACCU